AUGUCAUUAAUUGCAAUGAGAAUUAUGAAAGAAAAUCAAUUAAAAACCAAUUUACAAUUAAUUGAAAAUAGUCUUAAAAUAGAAAAUAAAAAUGAUUUAAAAAUCAAUAAAGAUAUUGAAAAUAAACAAUUUAAAAAUAAUUAUAAAUAUAAUAAUCAUAAUUUAUUUUAUUUGACAAACAAUGAAUAUUUUUCAAAAGAAACAAAAAAUAAUAUUGAAAUAAAUAUAGAAAAAAUUGGAAAUAAAUUGAAUGAUAUAAAAGAAAUUAUAUCCUCAAAAAAUGAUUGGUCCAUUGAUGAAAUAUCUUUAAAAAAUAUAUACUUUAACUUAUUACCAAAAAAGCUAAAAGAUAUGUUUGGUCUAGUAUUGGUCGAUAUUUUAGAAAACAUAUAUAAAACUUUAAAAAGGAAUUGUCAAAAUCCAAAUAUUUUAAAAAUUGUGCAAAAACAAUCAAUAAAUAAUCAAAUAAUUUUUAAAAUUGAAUCAUUUUAUGAUGAUGAUGAUGAUGAUGAUGAUGAUGAUGAUCAUGAAAAACUUAAUUCAAAUAAUGAUAAUAAUAUUUUAAAUUCAAAUAAAAGUAUUUGUAAUUUAUCAUUUGAAUUUGGAAAUUUAAUUAUUUUAUUUAAAUCAAUAAAAAAUAUAAAUAUUCAAUUAAUGGAUUUUAAUACUUAA